UGAAGAAUAACUCAUUGAUCAAUAUCCAACAAGGCAUAGAGUUGGUCGUGCGAGCCCUGUGGAGAAGUUAUUAGGGGAAAACGUGCGCGCUAUUCUUUAAACGUCAAUUUCUUGUUUUCACUCGGACGAAUUAACAGGGCAGCUGCAAUGUGGAUUCAAGUGCGCACAAUGGAUGGGAAGGAAACCCACCGGGUGGAUUCCCUGUCCAAACUCACCAAGGUGGAUGAGCUACGUCUCAAAAUUAUGGCGAUCUUCAACGUGGAGCCUGAGAGGCAGAGGCUGUUUUACCGUGGCAAGCAGAUGGAGGACGGACAUACCAUAUUCGACUAUAACGUGGGCCUAAACGACAUAGUGCAGCUGCUUGUUAGGCAGAAGUUGCCUGCUGGUGAUGUUGCCAAAAGCAAGGACAAAGAAGCUGAACUCUCCGAUUCUGAUUCUGGCUGUGGCUCAACCCAGAGUGAGUCUGACAAGAGCUCAACUCAUGGCGAGGUCGAGGGUCAGACUGCCGGCACCUCUGCCCAAAUAAACACCCAAGAGCUCAUUGACCCAGGGUUUGGAUUUUUUAAGAUCAAUGAGUUGGUGGAUGCAAGAGACUUGAACAUGGGGGCGUGGUUUGAAGGCCAGAUCGUGAAUGUUACCAAGACGACAAAGACUCCUAAAGAGGAGGCAGCUGAGGCAGAACCAGCAGAGGAGGAGAUACUGUACCACGUGAAAUAUGAAGACUACCCAGAGAAUGGAGUGAUUCAGCUGCUGGUCAAGGAUGUUCGUCCAAGGGCCCGUACUGUGUACCAGUGGCACCAGCUGGAGCCUGGUAUGGUUGUCAUGGUCAACUACAACCCAGAUGACACCAAGGAGCGUGGCUACUGGUACGAUGCUGAGAUCCAGAGGAAAAGGGAGAGUCGCACCGCGCGUGAGAUUUAUGCCAAGAUUAUCCUUGGUGAUGCUGGUGACUCCCUUAAUGACUGCCGGAUCAUGUUCCUGACUGAAAUCUACAAAAUCGAGGAGCCUGGUUCUCUAAGUGACGCCCCAGCUGGAACUGAGAGUCCACUAAAAAGAUCAAAUGGACCUGAGUGCAAGCACUGCAAGGACAAUCCCGAUAAAAACUGUCGCUGGUGUAACUGCCACAUCUGCGGCAUCAAGCAGGAUCCUGACAAACAGCUGCUGUGCGACGAAUGUGACAUGGCCUAUCACACAUACUGCCUGAACCCCCCACUCACCUCCAUCCCUGAGGAUGAAGACUGGUAUUGCCCAGGUUGCCGUAACGACGCCAGUGAGGUUGUGCUGGCUGGACAGAAGCUGAAAGACAGCAAGAAGAAAGCUAAGAUGGCUUCUGCCAGCUCAUCCAGCCAGAGGGACUGGGGCAAGGGAAUGGCCUGUGUUGGUCGAACCAAGCAGUGCACCAUCGUCCCGUCCAACCACUACGGCCCCAUCCCCGGCAUCCCUGUUGGCUCCCUGUGGAAGUUCAGAGUGCAGGUCAGUGAGUCUGGCGUUCACAGGCCACAUGUAGCUGGGAUUCAUGGCAGGAGCAAUGAUGGUGCAUACUCUCUGGUCUUGGCAGGAGGCUAUGAAGAUGAUGUGGAUGAUGGAAAUGAGUUUACUUACACUGGCUCUGGAGGGCGAGAUCUGUCUGGAAACAAGAGGACUGCUGAACAAUCAUGUGACCAGACACUUACCCACAUGAACCGGGCGCUGGCUCUCAACUGCAAUGUCCCUGUCAAUGACAAAAAUGGAGCAGAGUCCAAGAACUGGAAGGAAGGCAAACCAGUUAGGGUUGUGCGCAACUGUAAGGGUCGCAAGCACAGUAAAUACUCCCCUGAAGAAGGAAACAGAUAUGAUGGGAUAUAUAAGGUGGUGAAGUACUGGCCAGCCAAAGGUAAAUCUGGCUUCUUGGUUUGGCGGUAUCUGCUGAAGCGGGAUGAUGAUGAGCCAGCACCAUGGACCAGAGAUGGCAAGGAACGCAUCAAGAAGCUUGGUCUUGUUAUGCAGUAUCCUGCAGGCUAUCAGAAAGAGAAAGAGAACAAAAAUGAAGUGGAAGAGGAGGCAGCAACGCCCAGCAAAGCAAAGAGGAAGAGAAAAUCUCAGGGCAGCGAAUCCACCAAGACCUCACCAGCCAAGACUCCUAAGAAAGUCAAGGUAGAGGUGUACAAGCUCACCCAGGAGCAGAAAGCACUCAUCAAGGGUGAUAAGCCAAACAAGAAGCUGUGGGACGAAGCCAUGGAGUCACUGUCACUUGGACCGAAAUUCUUGAACAAAGUUGAAGAAGUUUUCCUCUGCAUUUGCUGCCAAGAAGUGGUCUUUCAGCCCAUCACCACAGAGUGCCAACACAAUGUCUGCAGGGAAUGCCUUCAGCGAUCCUUCAAAGCAGAGGUGUACUCCUGCCCGGCCUGCAGACACGACCUGGGCAAAAACUACUCCAUGGCUGUCAACAAAUCCCUGCAGGACAUUCUAAAUCAGUUUUUCCCAGGGUACAGCAAUGGGCGAUGAUCAUUGGUUCUGCCUACUCUGGAGGAAACAUGAUGUAAACUGUAAGGGGAAUUUUCAAUAGAGGCAAUAAAGAAUCAGUUUCUCUUAAUAUAUUUUUUAUGAUUAUAAAACUACAAUUUUUGUGAACUUCAGUGCUACCAUUUUUCACCUUGGAUCUGCCAUGAUGUGUAGUUAAUGAUAAAUUGAAAAUUCCUUCCUAACUGCCUGUACCAUUACUCCGUUAAUACCUUCAAACGUGAUUUUUACUCCCAGCGUUUCAUUUUGUUCCAUUAACUAAUGCUAAUAUUAUCCAUGACAUAAAAUUUGUUGUUACCUAACUAAAUCCCUCCAUGUUAAAAGCUAGCACUCCUUAAGAGAACGUUCAGUCAAAAGUGGUUAAGCUGUUUGCCCAAUUUGUUUGAAGAGGCAAUUAUACUGUACAAAACUAUUAGAAUCUGGAUCUUAUCUGGUCUACUGUUAGUUUGGCUGUGGUUGAUCAUCAUCUUGGUGCAGUUUUUUUUAAAUCUGAUCAUACAGUUACUCUUUUAAAUAGAGUUGGCAUUCACAGCUGACCUGUACUCUCCGUUAGCAUCUCCUGUAGCUGUUACCAGUCUAUACUCAGUAUUUUUUACUUACCUACAUUUUUAAUCUACCACUUGAUCUGUUUGUCUCAAUGUUUUAAAAACACAGUGCAGCUUGAUUUGCUGUUCAGAAAUCAAUUGACAAACCAGACAAAAAUAGACAAGCUAUCAAGAUAUAAGGUGCCUUGUUUGACACUUUCUGUUUGUUUGUCCUGGUAUGAUCAGAUGAUUGAAAUUGCACCAAUGUGACAAAGUGAACAAAGCCCUUUUUUUAAAGAAACGAGGCUUUGAAUCUAAAGUUGCUCCGUAAAAUGUAGAUGUGACCAAACAUACAAACACAACUGAACCAGUUCCAUAAGGUUUUGUUUUUUCUCCACUUCCGCUGUCUUGAGAUGAAGUGUCUAGUCGGAGAACGGUGUCAUCAAACUCGAGGUGGAUUUUCUAACAUAUAUUGGUUCUUAAGACUUUUUUUUUUUUUUUUUUUUUUUUUUUUUUUUUUUAAUAUUUGUGUAUGACGUUUCAUGAAAGUUUCAAAGUUCCCAUGAAUUUGAUAGUCUUGAAAGCCAAACAUACUAGAUUUUUAAGAUCUAUUUUAUUCUGUGGCGUAAAUUUGGAUUUCCCCUGUUUUUGAAAACGUUAACUUCGAUAGUCCAAAGAAACAAAAGUGCUUAACCAAGAGUGUAAUGUAGAACUCCCCUCUAUCUAGCUCUUUAGAAGAUGUCCCUGACACGCAAACCUAUUUGAGUCUAGAAACUUUAUUUGUAUUUUUUUUUUUUUGCUAAAAUUUAAAAAUUGUACUUUUUCAUCUUUUUAUAAUCUAUUACUGCCAUCUGGGGGGGUUGUCCAGUCAGAUUUUUGUCUCAUGUGGUCACCUGUAAUACCUGACCUCAUUUGAAAAACCAGCGAUUGCUUGCAUUAAGGAAGUGUUGCAAUGUUUAGGAAAUAUCACACACUGCUCUUGAAAUUGGAUAUUGAAUCAACUAAAUUAUCUGAAUUUGUUAAUUACUACUUUUGUUGUCGCCUUUUUGAAAUUUUCUGUAGAAUUUCAACAGCAGUGUGUGACAGUGUCCUUCACAUGACAACACUUGAAUUUGAUCAAGAGGCAAAGAUUUGCAUAGACUGGGAAAUGUAUAUUUUCUGAAAUUGUAUAAUUUUUAGUCCAUUUUAGUUUUGAUACGUAGUUUUAGAAUUGCUUGCACAUGUUUAGUGCAAAAAUGUGUUAAUACAUUUUCAGUGUUAUUCAAUAAAAGAGUGAAAAAUUG